AUGGACAGCAUCGGUUGCCGACAUCUUCGAACUACGCCUCGUCACCCCUGUUCGAACGGAGCGGCAGAGAAUCUGGUCAAAACUGUCAAGAGUGCAAUUGCGUCUGCCAAUCCUAAAACGCUGCAUGAGUUGGAAACGUUGGUGGACAACUUCCUACUCCAAUACCGAAACGCAACACAUACAACCACCAAGGAGAGCCCGGCAAUGCUUUUUAAAUCCAGACGCUUGCGAUCCUCCCUACAGUGCCUCGACUCCAGUAUCGUCGUAUACUUCCGUGGUAAUGAUUUGCGACCCGCGUCUGGUAUAGUCACACGACAACUGGGUCAAGACAUGGUGGAAAUUACCGACUUGAAUGAUGCUACUGUGCACAAGCGACACAUGGACCAAGUCCACUUCAAAUCAUCCACGGACCAGCGGCAUCAAGAGACAAGCGAGGGAGACAGUCAGUUACAUACCCCAUCAGCACAUCCGACGGAGCCGCAUCAGUCAGAUAUGCAGAGACAACCAAUCGAAACACAAAGACACCGCCAGGAACAGACGGAGCCAACGAUUGCAGUCCGCAGAUCUAGCCGUCAGGCGAGCCAGAUUGAUGAGGCACUCUUGAGGAAAGAGAGUUGUGGUGAUCCAGACUUCCGUGACUGCAAUCCACGAACGAUCAGGUACAGUUUCAUGUCAUCCGAUCACCGUUCAGGAAGCUCGACCGGGUGA